AUGACAGAGGAAAAGGAUCUAAACGAAGUAUUGUGCGUGAACAAUUUGGUGAAGGUAGUAAAUGGUAAUGAGAAGAACAACAGCAAUCCAUUGGAGACGAAAGUGUACAAGAAACGAUGGCUAAUAUUGGCUCUGUACAUUCUGUACACGGGAGUGAGCAAUUCCCAAUGGAUUCAAUACUCUAUAAUCGCCAAUGUAGUUAGCAGGUACUAUGGGGUUUCUUCAACGGCUGUCGAUUGGACAGCAAUGUCAUUCAUGGCUUAUUACGUGAUCUUCAUUUUCCCUGCUACGUACAUGGUGGACCGAAUCGGAUUUAGGUGGACUAACAUUAUAUGCUGUGGCGUUGUAUGUCUUGGUUCGUGGGUCAAAGUUUUGUCAGUCAGUCCUGACAGAUUUUACGUCACCUUCAUUGGACAAUCUCUGACGAUAGUUCUAACGUUACCUGGACGUCUGGCAGCGCAAUGGUUCGCCGCCAACGAGCUUUCCACGGCUACGUCAUUGAGCAUAUUCGGCACCCAAAUAGGGAUAGCCUUGAGUUUCUUGCUCACGCCGAUCAUCGUGAAAAAUCACGAGAAUUUGGAGGACAUUGGCGCUGGCCUGUCGCACCUGUUCUGGAUCAUAGCUAUUAUCAUGACGAUUGCGUUCAUCCUAGUUGUAAUACUGUUCGAGGACGAUCCGAAAUUACCACCGAGCAAGACACGAGCUCUACAAAAGUUGAACCAAAUGCAAGUCGAUGAGAGUAUUGUCCAGCCAAUUAAACGAUUAUUCAGGAACAAGAACUUUCUGAUGUUGUGCAACUCGUACGGUUUGGGCAUCGGUGUGUUGAACGUCGUAGGAACGUUGCUAAAUCAAAUAUACCUCGUGCACUUUGAGCAACAAUUACGGUCAUCGUUGAAAGUUUCUUUCCCGUGCAAAUUUCCUUUCUGCAACUUACUCGCUCAGAAUUAAUUCUCGUCCGAUUUCUAAGGGGACGAAUUGCCUUUCGCAGAUUCUUCUUAGUCGGGUACGUAGCCCUGGGAUACGAAAUGUGCGCGGAAUACACGUAUCCAGAGUCCGAGGAGAAAACGGCGGCAAUUUUGAACGUGGCCAAUAACGUUUACGGAAUUGUCCUCAUUCUGAUAAUGGGCCGAUUGAUGGAUGUAUACGGGGACAUUCCGGUGCACGUGGGUCUCUGUGUGAUGACACUGACCGGUUUUAUCAUGACCGUGUUGACGAAGGACGUGCAAAGGCGUCAGGAUGCCAGGAAAGGCGCACAUUACCUAGGUGUUAAACAAAAUGACAAAAGCGACGAGUGCGACAGACUCGAAAAAAAUUGA